AUGGCAAGCUCGCUCACAGUGCUGCCGGAGGUGGAGAACGUCUUACGCUCCGCAAAAGGCCCCGGACUACUCGUGGGACUGGAAGGCGACCAUGGCAUAAUUGUGAUUGGGGCCAUCGCCACAAAGCACGCUGCAGACAUGCCCAGCCUGAGGGAGGGUGCGCCCCAGGCUUCAUGGGACUCCCCCCUCCAUGUCAUGGCAUACCCCUGCCUCACCAGCGAGCGCCCUGCCCUCGCGCCUGUGGUCAUCACUCCUCAGCACAAGGUCAAGCCCGGCGCUGAGAUACACACCGCGCGUCUCCACCUGGACGCCCUGUGUUACGUUCGGAGAGACACCCCUGGUGCGCUUGCCGCCUACAAUGCUGUGAGGCAGUCCAUUCUGGAGCAGAUUGCUGGGGUGUCGCUCCUACUGAGCAGGGGGGAGCAGGCGGCAGGGGCAGCGACGAUCCAGGCCUACCACUUCCUGCCACCAGGAUUCCAGCACCACGUCUCGCUGCUGUAUCCGCUCGCCGCGUCCGCAAGGAAGGCCGAGGAGGCAGCCCUGGCCGAGAGGCGCGCCGCCAUACACGCCAUGCUGGGCCUCCCCAGUGAUCGACCCCUCCUACGGAUCGCGAGGGCUGUGCCCAUCGAAGCACCUGGCGCCAUGCUCCCGGCACCCUCCACCAGACGGUUGGCAGAUGUGCACGUCGGCAUCGCGCCCUCCAGGGUCAAGGGCGGCACCCAGCACUUGGUCCAGGGCAGCUACCUGUACUACCACUACAUGCAGGAUCGGUUCAACGACUCGGGAUGGGGCUGCGCCUACCGCUCCCUCCAGACCCUCUGGUCCUGGUUCCUGGAGGCGGGAUACACCAGCACCCCACCCCCCGACCAUGCCGCCAUCCAGACUAUGCUGGUCAUGCUGGGGGACAAGGAGCCCUCCUUCCGGGGCAGCAAGCAGUGGAUAGGGGCGGUGGAGCUGGGCUUCGUGCUGGACGAGGGGCUGGGCGUGCAGUGCAAGGUGCUCCCCCUUGCCUCCGGCGCCGACCUGCCAGACAAGGCGGCCGAGCUGGCGCACCACUUUGACAUGCAAGGAACGCCGGUCAUGGUGGGCGGGGGGGUGCUGGCCUAUACCCUGCUGGGUGUGGACUGGAACGAGUCGACAGGGGAGGUGGCAUUUUUGAUCCUGGACCCACACUACACGGGGGGCGAGGACCUGAAGAAGAUCCAUGCCGGACAAUGGGUGGCAUGGAAGCAGUACGGCGACAAGGCGGCGGCUGGGGGUAAGCUGCUGCAUGCCGACGCCUUCUACAACAUACUCUGCCCACAGAGACCCCUGGGCGUCUAA